AUGGCGAACAGAUCCGUAGAAAAUCAACAAGACACAAUCAGUACAGAACCAACUUGUAGCCCACCCCCCAAAAAGAUGCUGAGGUCUUCAAUGCCAAGUACGUCCACAACAUCGCAAUCCAGCUCUAUACUCCCACCAGCAUGCAUUAUUUGUAAUAAGGAUGAAAUUUAUAUCACUGAUACG